AUGGACCCAAAGCAACGAUUGACUCACUCGCUAUCCAGCGCCGCCUGUCACUUCCAAGCCAGUACUGCAGUGCCUCCUUUCCUUCCGAUUCUCCAAUGUUCACAGCUUGGCCGGAGCUCGUCGUCUUCCAGGCUACAUUUCCACCGGAUUUUUAACACUCCUACCCGGCCUAGAUCAGGACGAGACCACCCUAAAGGUAAAGAACAAGCUCCAAGGAUCCGGGAGAGUCUAGGUUAGGCGGAGAAAGAUCGUCCUUUCUUGUUUUUUUCAACGCUGUCGUGUUAGAGGGAGCUUGCUCGGAACUGACUUCAUGCAUCAGUUGACUUGGUACACCAUGCUGAUACUGGAGUCUCCCACCAUAACAAACCUAUCCGUUCUACAAAGGACUCUAAGAUCGGAUUCGAAACAUUUACCGUUCCUUAGAAUGCGUCAAUUGACUUCUAGUCAAAAUGCUCCUAUUUGUCGGGUAUAGACGUAUAAUAAUGCUCUCCUAAAGUGAGAGAAACAUGCUAUGUUUUAUUUAGCUCGCCUGCCUGCCUUGCGAGCCCCCCUUGCUGCAAAUAGGUGCAAUUAUGCUUUCCUUGCAGCUCUUCACUCGAAUGCUCCAAACCAAUAUUUGUGUGCUGGUGGCUAUGCUGUAGGCUAGGAGUGCUAGGAGUGUUCUUCUAUUGCUUGGCUUUUGACAGCUAAAGCAUUCGGGAAACUAACCCCAAAACGAAGGUAUAGUACCCUAGUCAUUAGUCAAAAGGAUUGAAUCCAAGCCUGCUUUUAUUACCGACCACAAGGCUACAAAUGAACUGCGAUAAUGAAACAAUAUUUGCACGCGUGUUAUUGUUCUAUAAGGGGAUUAUUAUAAGCCAAUUGGAUCGAGCUAAUGGAAUGAUUUGGUGACCCGUAUUUAACCAUAUAGCUUGCUAUAGGCGUGUGGUGUGACCAUUAUGGAUUAUGGAAUCAUCAUGAACAUCGUUUGUCCUUCAAAAAUACAGGGAUUUAAAUAAAGUACUCUAAUGGAUAUUAUGUAUAAAUAGUUUAUAGCUUUUGUUUAUAAACAACUUUUGAUGAAUACUCAGUAAUGUUCAACAUCCAACCAUCAAACCGACAGACAGGACAUAGGCCUGAAUAGGACUACUCAUGUAGGUUACAAACCACAGACCAACCCACAAAGGGGUCUACCAGUCCAGUGAAUUAUGUAACGUUGAAGAGGUAACCUACAUGUCUGAUGAUGAGCAACACCUAUCUCUCUUGGCUGAAUAUCAAUAAUCACAGCUGCAACAACAUCUGCAUGCCAUGCGUAGAUUCAAUGCAGUUAUCGAUUAGCUGUAGCCUAUGACCAUGUUAUUAUCCAAAGUUAUGAAAUAGGUAUCCCAGUUAUUGAACCAGUUGAUCACUUUUCCCUUCUUUCUUUCUUCAUAGGGAGAAUCAAAAUGUCCAGUGAAAGACAAGGGCGGUCAGAUGAUGAGAGUCCGAGCACCAGCAGUGGUAGUUCUGAUGCGGACCAGAGAGACCCGGCGGUGCCGGAGCCCGAGGAGGCAGAGGAGAGAAAACAGCAGCCCACCACACCUCCUCAGCAACAGAAGAAACCUACCAAAUUAUCCAGCAAGACUACCGCCAAGUUGUCCACUAGUGCUAAGAGGUAAUGCCUUCAUGAUCAUAAUCACUGUCUUCUUCCAAUUUGGAAAAAUUCAUAAUUACUGUAGCCUACAUCCUUCUGCUAAACUGAGUAGCCUAAUGUAAGAAUUAUGGUUAAUUUAUAAUGCUUUAAUCCUUUGAGUCACAAAUCCUAUUAUGAUAGGAUACAUUUAUUUUAAUCUAUUAUUCAUGUGCCAAAUAAGAUUAUUAAAAACUACAGCCAUUGUACUACAUUAUCAUAUGUAGUAAAGGCUUUAUUAUUAAGUUGUUUGAUCAAGGUUUUGUGAAGUAUUGAUAGUGACCUAUUCUCCCUGUCAUGUCACAAUAUUUAAUGUUGUGUGAGAGGAAGAUAGUCACUUUAACAUACAUACAUGUUUAGCAGUUUUCAAUCUUAUCAGAACUUGGAAUUAUCUACACAAUAGCCCAUAAAGCGGCAAUCAGCAGUUGAAACAAUAACCAAGCGUCAUCCCCGCCCCUGUUUCGUUCAAAAGCUGAGGAAUGGGGCUGGAGAAAUGCAACCACUCUCAAAUUCAUGGAUAGAGCUAUGGAUGCACACGGACUGACCAUCCAUUAUAUUAAAAUGAUAGUUUCAACCAUGUUUUGAGGCCAUAUAGUGUUUGUUUACAUUUAAUUUGUUUACAAACAAUGGAGUUAUAUUCUUCAAGAAUCAAUGGGUACAUAUCAUUAAUUUAUAAGUCCUAAAAUGGAUGUAGCAACUGCAGAUUGCCCCUUUAAUAUAUGUAUCAAACACUCCCCUUUUUCUCCCUUACACACUGUUAAUAAUGCUUUAGUAACAGCACCCUACGCAGCUCUCUCUGGUUUAAAGCCCUUGUCAAAUAUACCCGAGGUCCGAGGUCCUCCCUCUCCCUCUCUGCCUCAUUUGCAUAUAAGCUGUAAAAGAAAAUCUUUUGUGCUAAAAGUGACUGGAACGGGUGGAUGAGUGGCGGGGUUGGAGGUGAGGGGAGCUAGCUUUGUGCUGGGGGUGAGAGUGUUGUUUUGGGUUGAACGGAUAGGAAGAAACGAAGGAGAGAAAGUUUUGCUGUUCUGGGCUUCGGGUUCUGCCUGGGAGAACAAAGAGGAAGCAGCCAUGUUAGCUGAGCAGAGAGAGAGAGAUGAGAGAGAGUGAGAGGAAGAAGAGAGAGAGAGAGAGAGAGAAGAGAGGUAGAGAAUGAGCAGAGAGAGAGAGUAAUGUAGAGGGAUCUGUUCUCUACUGCACUCUCAUCGUCUUCUCUCGCUCUCUCGUUCUCUCUCUGCUCUACUCCGUUCUCUCUCUUCUCGCUCAUCUCUCUCCUCUCUCUUCUCCUCUCUCUUCUUCUCUCUCUCUCUCUCUCUCUCUCUCUCUCUCUCUCUCUAUCUCCUCUCUCUCUCCUCUCCUCUCUCUCUCUCUCUUCUUCUCUCUCUCUCUCCUCUCUCUUCUCUCUCUCUCUCCUCUCUCCCUCUCUCUCUCUCUCUCUCUCUCCUUUAGAGAGAGAGCCGUGAUGUUAGAGCUGUAUUGGUAGAGGGCAGUGUAAGUCCCUAGUCUACAUGGCUACUCUGGUCUAGUGCUGUGAAAAUCUCUUCUCCUCUCUCAUUUCUCUCUCUCUCUCUCUGAUAGCGAGGUCCACAAUAGAAACAAGUCUGUUGACUUUGCUGUGUUUUUAUCCUUGAUGAUUUUUUGAUGUGUGUUUUGUUCAUCCCUAAAGGGCUGCUUUAGUCAAGUGGUGUUGAGUCUCUUCUGUCACAGCUCUCUUCUCAUAGCUUCAACACAUUUCUCAUUUCUUUUCCACAGAAUCCAGAAGGAGCUUGCUGAGAUCACUCUAGAUCCACCACCUAACUGC